AUUUUGACUGAUGAGGAAAAUUGGAAAAAGAGAAAACAACCCAGCAAAGUCCAAGAACAACGCUAACAAAAAUGAAGAAAAAGAGUCCAUGGAGCAGAAGGAAAGGAGGUAGACUUUGGAAUUCCUUUCAUCAAUUCUAAACGGCUCUUCAAAUUGCGGCGAAGAGGACUCCUACUCUGGAACGGCAGCGAAAUCUCAGGAGUUAGAGCGCUCAAAACGACUCUAAUCCUUCGAUAUAAAAAGGCAGCAUCAAGGGGUUUUAGGGGGCGAAUUAUGGCCCCGAGGAGCGAAGAGCCAAGUACCGAAGGAGGUGGAAGGCUUAGACCUGCGUCUGGAAGAAAGCGGAGCUCCGAAUUUCAGCCUCACCAGCAGUUUUAGGAGGACACACAGUUCAUCAACCUGGCAGCAGUUCUGGCUUUCAUAGCAAUUUAAUCCUCAAAUUUUUCUUCUAAAAAGAACUCUGGUUUGAUUAAUUCUUUUUGUUCUGAAAUUUAAGUGUACUUUGUUUGAUCAUACGUGCCAUAGUUCAGUAAAGUGGUUACUCAUAGGGGCGGGCAAGAAUCCCGGUCCCGUUGUCCCAUUCCGGUAUAUCCCGAAACCGUACCGGUGUUAUCCCGUUCCGUUUGGGUCUCAUUGAUUUUGUCCCGCACCGGUCCCGUACCGGUUUCAAAUGGGACGGGACCGGGACAUUGAAAGGUUAUCCCGAACCGUCCCGUUGUCCCGUUUGUAAUAACUAUAUAGAUUUUGUAACAUGUGACUAGUUUGUAAUGUCAACUCAAAAAAUAAAUGAUAACAUGUUUUUAGUUUUUAAGCCCAAUUUUUGAAUUAAAAAUAAUACCUAGAAUAAAUAUUUACUAACAUAGGUUUUUAUCUCACUUUAUAUAUCUACAUAUGAGUAUCUCACAACUAGAACAAAUAAUUUUGAAUAAAAUAAUUCAUUUUUGCUUUGUUUUAAAUUUAAAUUUCAAAAUUUGCUAAACCUAACUAAAAUCUAAUACGUAGUAGCUUUUAGCUUGUGAUGAACAUCAAUUAACUUUUACAAUGUUAAUAUUUUGGUGCAUGAUACUUAUUGAUCUUAUUGAUGGCCUAUAAAGGAGGAGAAGUUGAAUCCAAAAUGACUUGGUACUCAGACGUGUGAGAUAACAACCACAUGUGCGGGAAGAAAGACAUGUUCGUCAAACUUGAUUGAUCGAUAAGUGGAAAUAUUUAUUUUGGAGAUGAAUAAAAAUUUCCACUAAUAGGAAAUUGGAUAUGGCCACAAUAUGAAUAUGUUUCAACCUUUUAAGUUCAUGCUUUAUAAUCCAACGUUAAUUGCUCAAAUAAACCGAACAAUAUAAUCAUACAUUGUACACCGUAGUUAGUCACAUUAAAAUAUAAAGGAAAGACCAUAAUAGGUUGGUUGAGAACAUACAUCAUACACUUAGAGUGCGUAAAGUUUCAUCCCUAACAUUGGCUAUGGAAAAUUAGCUACAACAAUUGAAAUACUUGAAUUGAAGUAAAUAUGAAAGAAAAUGAUAUCACAACUCCAAAGCUACGGUGCACAAAUGCUUCCCAAAAUAAAGAACUUCUCUUAAGACUUAGGGGUGCUCUUGAGAUGAAAAUAUAGGAGUAAAGUGUAGAAAAUGUGACGAUCCUUGAUGAAGAGGCUUCAAAACUUUUACAUAAGAGGUUUUCAACGGCUAUUUUUGGACAGGAAAACAAGCUCCUUAAUAGGUUUUGGCGUUUUCUCCCGAAAGAUCAUGAAGACUGUUACCUGUUUUAAUCAUAUAUCUGGCCAAAUUCAGAUGGCUUUUGUGAAAGCCGGACAACUUUAUCUCUUAAAAUAUCAGGGGUAUGCGUUCUAGAGAUCAGAAACCAGACGAUUUUCUCCAAAAGCCAGGCAACGGUUUUGAAUUAAAUUACAAACUAAACUAUGUCCUUGGAAUCCGGGUGGGUUUGGGAGACGGCGAGCGGCUUUCGGGACCUUUGAUUUUGGAUGCCUUCCUUUUGUCUUGCAUGGCUUUUAGACGCCUGACAGGCAAAAGCCAGAUGGAUUUCGUGGAAGUCAGGCGGUUUUGACUUCGUAUUUGCAGUUUGAUUGACUUCAGUUGUUCUUCAGGAUGAGUUUGGUUGACCUUUUCUUGUCAGGAUUGUUCGUGUGUUCUCUCAUCCUUCUAUUUGAUAUGAUCCUCAUUAAAAGUAUUUUCUGACAAAACAAGGCAAAUGUGUUAUUUUUAUACCCUUAAGUGUAGAAGUAUUUGAAUAUGAUUGUAAAAAACAUCUUAAGAAAACGCUUAUCAUCGGAAAACGUGAGUUUAUUUUCUAAAACAAAAUUCCAACAUUUUUGGGGCCUUUAAGGAAUUCAAAGCACUUGUAAAUAAAAGCAGAUUUAAAUUAAAGUUCAUGAGAUCGGAUCAUGGGGGGUGGGGGGUUCACUUCAAAGGAGUUUGAAUGUUUAUGUGAAGAAAAUGGUAUUUAUCGCCCCUUAAUGAUUCCAUAUACCCUAUUUAAUGAUUUUUUGAACAUAACUGUGCAGUUAAACAGCUCAGUACAUUUUGGAAAAUCAUUUGUCUGCCUUCCCGAUUAAAAUUUUAGCUGAAAUUUGGUAUGAGUAAACUAGACUUAAUGGAGAAGAUGCUAAAAAAAUUUCAUCAAAAAAUUCCACCGGGAACCUCCCCAAUUGGCGAUGGCCGGGGUGAACCUCCUAUAUAAGGGGUUAAUUGAACACUUUAAGUUAGUUCAAGGGCCUAUUUGACCCUUUAGCCUUAACCCCUACAAUUUUUACAUGGUUGCAGCUAAUUUUAACAAGAACGGAUCCCAGGCCUAGGUUUCGGUUAUCCAUUUGCGUCUGGAUUGGCGAUCACAUUCGUUCAUAUCUACAAAAGAUGACAAUGUUACAGAGCUCGCGCUGUAUACUCUCGCCAACGUCUCAGUCUUUAUUCGCCGCCGAUUCGCCGUACACUUCAUUUGUGCCGUCCCAGAGAACAAUUAUCUCUAGACGCAGCCCUAGGUUCUCUAAGCUCAAUGUUCUCUCCAAGCAGCACCAACAGUCGUCGAUUGAUAGUGCCAGUCAUAACAAGGACGGAUCACCCUCGGCGGAGCAGUUUUUGCAGAACAACUCGAUUGCGGACUUCAUGAGGUUCAAGCACCACUCCAAUGUUGGUGAACGGCUGGCCGAGCUACAAACUGCCGUUGUUAGUUACAGGAAGAGGUUCCCUUGGUCAAUCCUUCAGCCCUUUCUGAGGGUUGAUUUGGUGUCGACAAUACAUAUUGCUGAUAAAGAGUACUUUGCAACCCUACAGAGGGAACUUGAAACAUAUGAUUGUGUUCUUUAUGAAAUGGUUGCAAGUAGGGAAAGUUUAGAGAGUAAAGGAAAUCUUGUUGUAAAAAAGAAUCUUAAAAGUCUAAAAAAUGGGGGCUUCAAUUUUCUUGGUUUCAUUCAGAGACAGAUAGCUAGAGUGCUUACAGUUGAUUUUCAAUUAGAUUGUCUUGACUACCACUCUAAGAACUGGUACCAUGCGGAUCUUGACUUUGAAACCUUUAAGUUACUUCAGCAACAGAAAGGUGAGAGCUUCUUCACAUUUGCUAGGGAUAUGACAAUUAAAUCUACACAAGCUGUUGUGCAAUCUGCAUCAAUACCAGAUGAUCUUGGACUAUGGAAAUCCAAACUUCUGUGGGCUUCACGUGUGCUACCAAUGCCUCUUAUUGGGUUUGUCAUCAUUUCAGGAGUCUGUUUAGAUAUGGCGAGCCAGGCAUCACAGUAUCCAGAGCUAGAAGCACUGUCUAGGCUUGAUUUUGGUGCUGCAAUGAAACUGUUUCUGGCAAAGCAACUUACAUCUGAGUUCACACAGGCGACAGCUGAUGUGGAGGCGGAAUCCGUCGUAAUAGGUGAGAGAAACAAGGCAGCGACAGAAGCACUUAGAAGGGCAAUCAACAAUGGCCACAGCAAGAUAGCCAUCCUUUACGGGGGUGGACACAUGCCAGAUUUGGGGCGUCGACUACGUGCUGAGUUUGACCUUUCUCCCUCUCAGGUACAGUGGAUAACUGCUUGGUCUAUUGGGGCGAGCAACACAACAAGCAGCAGCUCUUUCCCGUUUCUGAAAACAGUGGCUCAAGUGUUGCGAUGGCCGAUAAAUAGAUAUCAAACACUCGCACUGCUAAUAUUUUCAUCAGUCCUUGCGCUGGAUCUGUUGCUAUGGGAGCUGUUAUUUGGCACCACAGCUAAUUGGAUUACUCGUUUUGCUUUUGACUCUUUCCAAUAAGUUCACAAUUCGUGAUGAUAUUGGUUUGUGUAUAGUACAUAAGUUGUAGAAAUGUGCAUAUGUUUUGAGUUGGAAAAUGAUAGGAUAUUAGGAGCAGGACAAGGAAAGGGUCCAGGAAAAUGUGCCCUUCAGUUCUUCGUUUGUUAUUUGCUGAAUUGUUAAUUCCUGUGGUUCUCUGGAUAAGUGGAUGAGAUCUCUGUGUUCUAAAAAAGUGUUUAGCAGGCAUCCAACGCUUGUUAGAACAUUGUUUCCUGCAUGAUACACUUUUUGUAUAGGUAUGUGGAUGUACUUGUUCAUUGUCUGGCCAAAAUUUUGUUCAAAC